GACGACGUGGAGGGCGGACGGGGGGAAGAGGGCGGGCGCCAAGGAAAAGGAGCGGUGAGGCGGGUUCCGGACGCCGGAACGCGAAAAAAAAACCGGAUGCAACCACACUGGAGUGUGGGACGCGUCAGACGCCAACCACCCAACCACCAGGCGCCUGUCCAGCAACCCAUCGAUCCGUCGCCCCCCUAUUGCCAGGCGAAACUGUAGAGGUAUGUCGUAUCCGCUGUUCUGCCCGUUGGUGGUGGGAUGACGAGGCGAGCGACACCAGGGAACUGCCGAAUAUCGAUACUGGACGAUGACACCACCCCAUUGGUAUUGGCAGUGAGCUGCAGGGUCGCCUUCUGGGGCCAGUCGACACCUGUGGUCGUCAAGAAGAAUGCGUAUCUGGGGAGUGUGGUCGAGUCCAGGCCGGUGCCUGGGAAGUCAUCAUCGAGCGGUAACUCGAGUAGUAGCAGCUCGAGUUCACCUAACACCAGCAACACCACCAAUACCAGUGGCAGCAGUAGCAGUUCACCGAGCGCAACGGGUACCGGCUCCGGAAGCAGUGGCUCGAGUGGCUCGGGGUCUGGUAGUAGCAGCACUCCCAGCACCAGCGGGACCAGCGGGACACCCAGCGGAACAGGCAGUGGCAACACAACGCCCACACCAAGCACGACUACAACGGCAUCAGGUAGUACCCCGCAGCCGACGUUUGGAGCAUCGUCUUAUACCAUUUUCCGAACGAACGACAAUGCCGCACGCGGCCUUGCGACUUGGGGUGGACAGACGGCGGAUGGCACGGCUGUGGUUUACUGGGACUAUUCGAACGGAUCCGGGCAAAACUUUGGAUACGACAGCACUAACCAGCGUCUCAUUGACCAAACCAGCAUGAAGUGUCUCGCACCCACCGGUGGAACGAGUGCUGCUGCUGGCAGCGCCAUUGUCAUCAAGACGUGUGAUAUCACGGACCAGUCGCAAACCUGGACGAACAACACGAGCAGUGGAUCGACAUGGACAUGGGGACCCGACAGUACCAAGUGUCUUGAUUUGCAAGGUAACGGUCGAAGCAACGGGACGGUUCUGGAUUUGUGGACGUGCAGUGGUGGGGCGAACCAGAAUUUCUACUUUGGACCGAUGCUUGUUCCGGCAGCCGCUAGUGCUCAGUGCAGUGCAGCCGCCACACCAGUGACCGCCGUCGCAUCGACCAAUUCGUCUAUUGCUCCGGGUACAAACAUUGCCUCAUGUACGGUACGAGCGGGCAAGACAAAUGGACGAACGGUAACGGCACUCACGAUGCAAAACGACGGAAACUUGGUCAUCUACAACGGGACAUCCGCUGUCUGGGCGACCGACACGAUGGGUCAGUAG